CAGUAUUAGGCUCGGAUCCUGCAGCGCAGACAGGCGAGGUUAAGGCUGGAGCUGGAGCUCCCUGGGUCUCUGAGUUUCGGCUGUCGACAGGAUGGAGGCUCGGGUGUGCUGCUCGUUCGCUGCCGUUUUGUUGUGUCUUUGCCUGAGCGCCGUGCACGCCAACGGACGUGUCGCACUGAUUGAGUCUUGGUUCGUGUGUGUGUGUAUAACAGAGAAGCCAGGAGUGUGUCCAAGCAGCAACCUCAGAUAUUGUUUCAGGAGUCAGAACCUCUGUUUUCAGGACCGCAACUGUUGGGGUGAUCUGAAAUGCUGCAACGAUGGAUGUGGAAAUCGCUGUAUGCCUCCGUAUAGAGAAAAGCCAGGAGUGUGUCCAAGCAGCUACCCCAGAUAUUGUUUCAAGAGUGAGAAUCUCUGUUCCCAGGAUGGUAACUGUCCAGGUCAUCUGAAAUGCUGCAACGAUGGAUGUGGAUUUCAUUGUGUGGCUCCAUAUAGAGAAAAGCCAGGGGUGUGUCCAAGUAGCAACCUUAGAUGUAUUCGUAGUGAGAACCUCUGUUCCCAGGACGGUAACUGUCCGGGUGAUCAGAAAUGCUGCAACAAUGGAUGUGGACUUCAUUGUAUGCCUCCAUAUAGAGAAAAGCCUGGAGUGUGUCCAAGGAAGACCCUUGAAUUAGGAGCUUGUAUUGAAAUGUGUUCCCAUGAUGGUGACUGUCCGAAUGAUGAGAAGUGCUGCAGCAAUGGAUGUGGACAUCAGUGCAUAGCUCUUACUAAAGACAAGCCAGGAGUGUGUCCAAGCAACAACUUCAUACGUUGUAUUUGGAGUCAGAAUCUCUGUUACCAGGACAGUAACUGCCCAGAUGAUCUGAAAUGCUGCAUUGAUGGAUGUGGAAGUCGGUGUAUGCCUCCAUACAGAGAAAAGCCAGGAGUGUGUCCAAGCAGCUACCCCAGAUAUUGUUUCAGGAGUGAGAAUCUCUGUUCCCAGGAUGGUAACUGUCCAGGUCAUCUGAAAUGCUGCAACGAUGGAUGUGGAUUUCAUUGUGUGGCUCCAUAUAGAGAAAAGCCAGGAGUGUGCCCAAGCAACAGCCUCUUACGUUGUAUUUGGAGCCAGAAUCUCUGUUCCCAGGACGGUAACUGUCCAGAUAAUAAAAAGUGCUGCACUGAUGGAUGCGGAAGUCGGUGUAUGCUUCCAUAUAGAGAAAAGCCAGGAGUGUGUCCGAGGAGGUUCCUCGGUGUAGGAAUGUGUAAGAAGUUGUGUGUUGAUGACACCGACUGUCUGGGCAACGGGAAAUGCUGCAGCACAACGUGCGGACGUGAUUGUACAGCUCCUCGUAAAGGUGUGAUGUACUGAUGCUUGGGUCCCCAACACGCACCGUUUUUGAGUGAGGCCUGGUCUACGUCUCAAUCCAAAUAUGUGCUGAUGAUCAAUAUCCUGCCAGACCAAGUAUUGCACCACCAGUGGCCAUGCCUGCAGAUAACCAUGCUGAUUUGGACAUCAUUCGGGAAAGGUCCUCGCCUAGAUACUUAAUGGCUUUCUUUUCAUACUACAGUUGGAUACUUUUUUUACCUUCAAAUAAAUCAGUUCAGUGAAAGCUUCA